AUGUCGCAAAGAAAGCUUCAGAAGGUCAUGGUUCAGCCAGUGAACCUCAUCUUCAGAUAUCUCCAAAACCGCACACGCGUCCAAAUCUGGCUCUACGAGGACAUCACCCACCGUCUUGAGGGAUACAUCAUCGGAUUCGACGAAUUCAUGAACGUCGUCUUCGACGAGGCCGAAGAGGUCAACAUGAAGACCAAAGGACGCAACAAGAUCGGCCGGAUUCUGCUCAAAGGCGACAAUAUCACUCUGAUCCACGCCGCUCAACAAGAAGCAUAA